AGAGAUGCCUCAGAGAAGUGUGUGGUUUCUAUGACAGGAGCCUGACAGUCAACACCCAGGGAUAAAACAACACAUCAAAACAAAAAGCUACUACUUUUUUUUUUUUUUUUGAGAAAAAAAAGGGAGAAGGGCGCGUGCAGCGCGCGUGAAGAGGUUACUGUGCUGUCACACCUGUGGGUUCACUUUUUUUAAACACCUUUAUUUACUUCCUUCACCACGUGGAUUCAUGUGUGACAUAUACAGCCUGGACUCUCACUGCGUGUCUCCACAAUGCAACAUGAGUUGGGCGAUGGAGCCUGCUAACUUCUACGAGAGCACCAAGCUGGGUGGCCCGCAGCAGGGGGGCUGCAAGCCGGGCAGCAGGGGCGACGGCGCGGCCGAGGACGGCACCAUGGUGGAGCUGAGCACCGCCCCUGCCAUGUACGACGACGAGAGCGCCAUCGACUUCAGCCAGUACAUCGAGUCGAUGACAGCCGUGCCGAACCUGGAGCUGUGCAACGACGAGCUCUUCCUCGACCUGUUCAACACCGUGAAGCAGGAGAAGGUGGACUUCUACACCAUGCAGAGCUCCGUGCAGCCCGGCGGCAUGCAGCAGCUGUCAGCUGCCUACACAGCUGAGAGGAGAGCGGACGGCGUGCUGGAGAAGGGGGCGUUCAACGCGCCCAUCAAGCAGGAGUCCGACUGGAGCGACAGCGACAUGUCCUCGUCCCUGCCCUCGCAGAUCGAGACCUGCGCCCAGACCUCCGUCAGCCUCCCGACGGGGCAGCCGACUCCCCCCACCACCCCGGAGCCCGUCUCCUCCAACGGGAGCUCGGCCAAGUCCUCCCCACGGAAGAUGGGGAGGGAGAAGUCGAAGAAGUCGGUGGACAGGUUCAGCCUGGAGUACCGGCAGAGGCGAGAGAGGAAUAACAUUGCAGUGAGGAAGAGCAGGGACAAAGCCAAGAUGCGCAACUUGGAGAUGCAGCAGAAGCUGCUUGAACUGAGCUCAGAGAACGACAGGCUUCAUAAAACCAUCGAGCAGCUAACCAGGGAGCUCACCGGGCUCAGAGAUUUCUUCAAGCAGAUGCCCAACUCCACCUUUGUGGGCUCCUCGAGUGCAGAGAGCCGGUGACAGACUCACUAAUCCUAUGAACUGAGUUUUAGGAGACAUACCUCAACAGACUUCUCGUUUUUACCAUCUGUACCAGAUGUAUUUUUAAGCUUACCAUAAUGGCACUGGAAAAAAAAUAUAUGAUGUUGCUGCCAUAUUUUUGUGGGAAUUUUUUCCUCUGUAUUAAAUUAUUUUACCACUGCAUUUACAUGAUGUUAUACCUGAUAUGGUACAUGUUUUAUAAUUCCAAACUUUGUAUAAGAGCCAGAGCAUGAUCUUUUAUAUAGUUUGUAUGAAACCUUGAAAAUAUUUGUUAUGGAAUCUAUAAUAAAAUUGCUGAAAAAUGA